AUGUCCGUGACCGCCACCUCCACCUCCGCGUUCACAUCCUCAGGCACAGGCGCGGCCGCGGCCACCCUGACAAAGCGAGCAUCGAUCCCCGCCAUCACCGUCAAUGGCGAGAAAGACGCACGGGGUUCGCCAGAGCGCCAGGCCGAUAUUCUGAUUAUUGGCGCUGGAGUCGUCGGUUGUGCAUUAGCAGCUGUUUUCGGAAAGCAAGGACGGAGGGUGCUGCUGCUGGAAAAGUCUUUGAAGGAACCCGAUCGCAUUGUUGGAGAGCUGCUUCAACCUGGAGGCGUUGAGGCGCUCGAGAAGCUGGGGCUGCAGGGCUGCCUGGAAGGUAUCGACGCCAUUGCAGUCGACGGUUACAAUGUGAUUUUACGCGGCACACAUUUGAAAAUCCCGUAUCCGGUGGAUAAGAAGACGGGCAUUGCACCCAAGGGCCGGUCCUUUCACCAUGGUCGUUUUAUCAUGAAGUUACGAGAAGCUGCAAAGGCAACACCAAAUGUCACCAUCAUCGAAGCCACGGCUACAACCCUUAUCAAGUCCCACUCCGACGUGAUUGGCGUUGAGGCCACAGUCGGUGGUGCACACCAGCAUUUUUUCGCGCCUCUAACCGUUGUCGCUGACGGCUACGCCUCUAAAUUCCGAAAGGAAUACCACCCGCGAACUCCUGUUGUCAAGUCGAAGUUCUGGGGCAUGGAACUGAUCGAUGCAGAGCUACCCAUGCCACAACACGGCCAUGUAUUUAUCGGCUACGGCGCACCAGUGCUCAUGUACCAGAUUGGAACCCACGAAACCCGGGCUUUAAUAGACAUACCCGAAAACUUGCCCUCGGCUUCUGUCCAGAACGGAGGUGUCAAAGGCCAUAUGCGAAACGUGAUAUUACCAUCACUUCCGGAGAGUCUACAACCCAGCUUUCUCGCAGCCCUUGAAAAGGGUGGACUCCGAUCGAUGCCGAACUCAUUUCUACCUUCCUCUCCCAACAAGACUCGCGGCUUGAUAAUUCUCGGAGAUGCAUCGAAUAUGCGACAUCCGCUUACCGGUGGUGGCAUGACCGUGGCCUUCAACGAUGUGGUAGUAUUGCAGGACUUGCUGAGUCCGGAAAAUGUACCUACAUUCGCCGACGCACCGCUUGUUACGAAGAAGAUGAAAACAUUCCAUUGGAGGAGAAAGAACGCUGCGUCUGUUAUUAACAUUCUCGCCCAAGCAUUGUACUCGGUGUUUGCAGGGAACGAUCCUAAUCUCGCCGUUCUUCAACGUGGCUGUUUCCGCUAUUUUGAGCUAGGCAUGAUCGAGCAGCCAGCCGGGAUGCUCGGUGGAAUAAUUAAAGACCCGUCAGUGCUCGUACGACAUUUCUUCUCCGUCGCCUUUCUCUCCAUAUGGGUUAUGAUAGCCGAAUCACCCAUUUAUUUAAUGCCUGUGGCGUUUCUGCGAUCAUUUGUUAUUCUAUACACCGCAUGCGUUGUUAUAAUGCCCUACAUAUUCGCUGAAUUGGAGAGGUAG